UCAGAUUGUUUUGGUAUUGCGUGAUUUUUUACUGGAGCAGUGGGAGCGAUCGUCAGAGUUUCCGAAAAACCCGGAAUUUUCAUUGAAAUUCACUAGGAAAAGUGCACCGUUCGUUCAAAAUGUUAUCCCUAGCUGGUAAAGUAUUAACGAGGAGUGCCAUCGGCGGCAGGAGCUGUCUGAUUCAGGAAGUUGCAAAAGUCGCCGGAGCCUCCAGUCGGAAUUAUCACAUUGCUUGCGGAAAUCGAAACGACCGCCCGAUCGAAAAUGCCCUGAAGCUCCAGAACAGGUUCGUCACCCCAAUCACAGCCGCGGUUUUGGUGCGGAACAUCAGUACUGAUGAAGUUGGUAGAAGUGCUUUGGACACAAUCCCGGAACCGCCGCCGAUCCCUUCCGCUGCGCCUGAAAUAAGCGACUUGGUGUCCAGUGUGGCCGCCAAUGGGGAACCAACGUUCGCCUCGCUCGGCUUAGGUGGGUGGACUCCGGUCGGAAUCGUCCAGAACUGCAUGGAAUUCCUUCACGUCGGUUGUGAUCUGCCCUGGUGGGGGGUCAUCGCUAUCGGAACGAUUUGCGUUCGGUUGGUGUUGUUCCCGCUGGUUAUUGCCAGUCAGCGGAAUGCGGCCAAAAUGAACAACCAUAUGCCACAGAUGCAGGUGUUGCAGAUGAAGAUGACGGAAGCCCGGCAAGCUGGCAAUUCUAUUGAUUCCGCGCGAUACGCCCAGGAAAUGGUUGCCUUCAUGAAGGAAAAGAACCUAAACCCACUGAAGAACAUGCUGGUGCCUCUGGCUCAGGCUCCCAUCUUCAUCUCGUUCUUCAUGGGCUUGCGGCAGAUGGCCAACACCCCCGUGGAGUCGAUGCGCGAAGGCGGCCUCUUCUGGUUCACCGAUCUGACGGUUUGCGAUCAGUUCUACGCGCUGCCAAUCAUCACCAGCAUAACCAUGUUCCUGACCAUUGAGCUCGGAACGGACAGCGCCCGGAUGUCCGCCCAGAACAUGCAAAUGGUCCGGUACGUGCUCCGAGCGAUGCCGCUGUUCAUCUUCCCCUUCACCAUCAACUUCCCCGGGGCCAUUCUGUGCUACUGGGCGUGCAGUAAUUUCUUCUCGCUGCUGCAGGUGGGCUUCCUGAGGAUUCCCAAAGUAAGGGAUUACUUUAAAAUCGAACGGCUGGUUACGCACAAGCCGGAAACUCUGCCCAUCAAGAAGAAGAAAUUCACCGAGGGAAUGAAGGAUUCAUGGACAAACAUGAAAAUCACCCGCGAACUGGAGGAACGUGCCCGAAUCGAUGAAAUCACCUUCCAAAAGGCAGGCAAAGGACCCCUGGUGAAGACUUACAAAUACGACCCGACCGCACCGCGACCCAGCAGCAACACUAUCAGCGCGAAGAAACGGUAGACUCUUAUCGGUCACCCUCUUGAACUGUUGUUGUAAUAUUGUACUAAAAUACGAAAAAAGAAGCCCAAAUAUCCAUAAAUAAAAA